AUGGCGCUGCGCGCGGACGGCGCCCCGCUGCUGCCGCUGCUGCUGAUCUGCUUUGCCUUUGGAAAUGCACUCCACUUAGAGACCUUACCCCGCAGAAGCCAGCAUGAGCCUUCUAAGCACACUCACCUGGUGCGGCAGAAGCGAGCCUGGAUCACGGCCCCUGUGAGUCUGCGGGAAGGAGAGGAUCUGUCCAAAAAGAAUCCCAUCGCCAAGAUACAUUCUGAUAUUGCAGAAGAAAGAAGAAUAAAAAUUACAUACAAAUACACUGGAAAAGGCAUCACGGAGCCUCCUUAUGGCGUGUUCGCCUUUGACAAGAACACGGGGGAGCUGAACGUCACCAGCAUUCUCGAUCGAGAAGAAACGCCCUAUUUCCUGCUCGUUGGUUAUGCUUUGGAUGAAAGAGGCAACAAUCUGGAGAAGCCGCUGGAACUGCGCAUUAAGGUUCUGGAUAUCAACGACAACGAGCCCGUGUUCACCCAGGACUUGUUUGUCGGGGCCGUGGAAGAGCUGAGCGCAGCACAUACCCUGGUGAUGAAAGUCAACGCGACAGACGCAGAUGAGCCCAACUCCAUCAAUUCUAAAAUCUCCUACAAAAUCGUAUCCCAGGAGCCUGCUUACCCCGCCAUGUUCUACAUGAACAAAGACACGGGAGAGAUUUAUACAGUCACUAAUACCUUGGACAGAGAGGAGCACAGCAGCUACACUCUGACGGUGGAAGCCCGAGACGGCAACAAAGGAGAAAUAACAGAUAAGCCCGUCCAGCAAGCUCAAGUUCAGAUCCGAAUUUUGGAUGUCAAUGACAAUAUACCCAUGGUGGAGAGUCAAAGGUUUGAAGGGCUGGUUGAAGAAAACCGAGUCAAUGUGGAAGUGAUGCGCAUCAAAGUGCUGGACAAAGAUGAGAGAGGCUCGGAUAACUGGCUGGCCAACUUCACGUUUGUGUCAGGAAAUGAGAAGGGUUAUUUCCGCAUAGAAACUGACAAUCAAACGAAUGAAGGAAUCGUGGUCCUCGUUAAGGCAUUAGAUUAUGAAGAAAUGAAGCAUCUUGACUUCAGCAUCGUUGUCACGAAUAAAGCCUCUUUCCACAAGUCAGUGAAGAAUAAGUACAAGCCGACAUCCAUCCCCAUCACAGUGAAGGUGAAGGACGUGAAAGAAGGCAUUCACUUCAGAAGCAGCACCAUCUCCGUCCGCACCAGCGAGAGCAUGGAGAAGACGAGCCUGAGCCAAGUGAUUGGGAAAUUCCAGGCUUUUGACGAGGACACCGGACAAGUGGCCCGCGCAAAGUAUACCAAAUUGGAAGAUAUAGACAACUGGAUCUCUGUGGAUUCUGUCACAUCGGAGAUUAAACUUGUAAAAUUUCCCGACCAUGAAUCCAGAUAUGUCAAAAAUGGCACAUACACUGUAAAGAUUUUAGCUGUCUCAGAAGAUACUCCUAGAAAAACCAUCACAGGCACUGUUGUGAUCAACGUGGAGGACAUCAACGACAACUGCCCCACCCUGGUGGACCCGGUGAUGAACGUGUGUGACGACGUGCAGUACGUGAACGUGACCGCCAGGGACCUGGACGGGCACCCCAACAGCGACCCGUUCACUUUCGCCAUCGUCGACAAACCAGCUGGCAUGGCAGAGGAGUGGAGGAUCGCGCACAAAGAGGGCACCAGCGUGCUGCUGCAGCCUCGCGAGCUGAAGCCCGGGAGAAGUGACAUCCAGCUCCUGAUCGCAGACAACCAGGGCCUGCGCUGCUCCGAAAAGCAGGUCCUCAAGCUCACGGUGUGCAAGUGCCUGGACGGCAGCGGCUGCGUGGAAUCACUGCGCGGCGCCUACGUGGGCCUGGGGCCUGCAGCCAUCGCGCUCAUCAUCCUGGCUCUGCUGCUCCUGCUGCUUGUGCCGCUCCUGCUGCUGAUGUGGCAGUGCGGGGAGGGCGCCAAGGGCUUCGCGCCCAUCCCGGGCACCGUGGAGAUGCUGCACCCCUGGAACAGCGAGGGGGCGCCGCCUGAAGACAAGGUGGUGCCUUCGCUGCUGGCAGCGGAUCACACGGAGGGCGUGGCCGUGGGCGGCGCAGCGGGAGGCCUGGCAGCCAAGGAGACCGCCGUGAAAGGAGGCAGCUCGGCUUCCUUCUCCAGAGUGCAGCAGGACAUGUCCGAGGUGGACGGGCGGUGGGAGGAGCACAGGAGCCACCUCUCCGGGGGCACCACCCAGGUCACGGGGACGGCAGGGGCAGGGGCAGGAGCCCUCCGAGGCGGCGGCGGCGGCGGCGGCGGUGAAACCAUCAGGACCAGCAGGGCCACGGGGAUCUUCAGAGACAUGGCCGGAGCUCACGCGGUGGCUGGCGCCAUGAGUGAGGAAUUCUUAGGAAGCUAUUUCGCUGAGAAAGCGGCCUGUUACACGGAGGAGGACGACGGCCAGGCGGGCAAGGACUGCCUGCUGGUGUACUCCCAGGAGGACGCCGUGUCGCUGCACGGCUCCAUCGGCUGCUGCAGCUUCAUUGAGGGCGAGCUGGACGACCUCUUCCUGGAUGACCUGGGGUUCAAGUUCAAGGCCCUGGCUGAGGUCUGCCUGGGCCGGAACAUAGACGUGGGCCUGGAGGGGGAGCAGAGGCCAGUGCCCGUGAGGGGAGCGGCUGCCCUCGCCCUCUCGGAGCUCCACUCGGAAAGCACCUUCUCCGCGGCGGGCAGCCUCCAGGGGCCCGGGCCCGGAGUGGGGGCGGAGGCAGUGGCCCAGGAGACGGCCACCCGGCGGGCCGUGUCCACGCAGGGCCGGCAGGGGGCUGCCCAGCGCCACGACGCGCUGGCUGCGGGCAAUGUCAUCGUGACGGAAACGGCCUUUGCCACGGGCCCCGGGGGGCCGCCCCCCGUGGUCCUGGGCCCCCGGCAGCCGCAGGGCCUCAUUGUGACGGAGCGGGUGUACGCGCCGGCCGCUGCCAUGAUGGACCAGCACCGCGCCGGCCAGCACUACACUGCCGAGGGCAACGUCACGGUCACCGAGCGGGUCAUCCAGCCGAGCAGGGGCCUGUCCGGUGCCCUGGAAGGCGCCCCGCACCUGCAGGAUGGACACUACGUGAUGGUGAGCGAGCGAGAGAGCUUCCUGGCCCCCAGCUCGGGCGCGCAGCCUGCCCGGGCCCAGGCCAGCGAGGCAGGUGGGCGCAGUGUGACCGUGACCGAGAGGGUGCUGACCCCCGCUGCCACCCUGCAGUCCAGCACCCCGAUGGCCGCUGAGACGGCCGUGACGGCCAGACGGACUGUGGUCUCUGGAGCGGCAAUCCCUGGCCCUCCACCCAGUUUCAGCUCCGAGGAGUCUGGCUGCACUGUGACCACCGCCUCCACCAGGGUCUCCAAGCGCAGCACCGUGCAGCACUCCUACGCCUGA